AAGGGAGUGAGAAAGGGGCACAUAACAUACAUGAGUCACCUACUUCUAAUAAUCCGAUACCGUGAAAACAUGCCUCUCAACUACAAAACUCAAAUUAUUAAAGUUUCAUAAUUUUAAAAUAGUGUAUUUUUCUUUGAAUUAAUUUAACAUAUAAUUUCAAAAAAAAAAAUGCCUCUCUCCAAUAACUCUUCCGGCAAUCUCGUCGUGGCUGUUGCUCUCCUCUUUGCCGGCGCUCUAUAUAUCUGCUUCUCCUCACGUUUGAUCUCUGAUCCUGUCUCCGGCCUCCAACACAAUUUUAACAUUCUGAGAACGAUAAAGUUUCCAGUGGACGACCUAGAGGUGGCGCUGGACAGUGCAGCAAUAGGAAACAACAAGACGGUGAUUAUAACGAUGGUGAACAAAGCGUACGUGGAGGAGGUUGUAGGAGGGAGGACGAUGCUGGAUCUGUUCCUGGAGAGUUUCUGGGAAGGAGAGGGUACCAUGCCAUUGCUGGACCAUCUGAUGGUGGUUGCAGCGGAUCAGACGGCCUAUGAUCGCUGUCGUUUCAGGAGGCUCCAUUGCUACAAGAUGGAGACGGAGGGAAUUGACUUGGAGGGAGAGAAAGUAUAUAUGUCAGAUGAUUUCAUUGAGAUGAUGUGGAGGAGAACUCGAUUGCUCCUAGAAGUUCUCCGCCGUGGCUACCAUCUCCUUUUCACGGACACGGACGUGAUGUGGCUAAGGAACCCCUUCUCUCGGCUAAGCAACAACGGGACCUUGGAUAUGCAGAUAAGCGUGGACAGCGGCAUAGGAGGACACUUGAUAAACACUGGCUUCUACCACGUCCGUUCCAACAACAGGACCAUCUCUCUUUUCCAGAAAUGGUACGACAUGAGACUCAACUCGACAGGCAUGAAAGAACAAGACGUCCUCAAGAAUCUCCUCGACUCGGGUUUAUUCAACCAGCUUUGUCUCACCGUUGGCUUCCUCAACACCACACACUUCAGCGGUUUCUGCCAAGAUAGCCCUGACAUGGGUGCUGUCACCACCGUCCACGCCAACUGCUGCCGUCACAUCUCUGCCAAAGUCUUUGAUCUCACUCUUGUUCUUCACGACUGGAAACGCUACAAAGCCUCACAUGUCAACACCAUAUGGAGCCCCCAUGCUAAGUGCUGGGGUUCAUGGAAUGAUACCCAAUAUACCCCCAAAACCUGAGCUUCUUGUCGUUUUAUGGUGAUGAGAUUGCGUCUAUAUACGUACACACAACACAAUUAAAUUACUUACCGUUGUUUAGAAGAACGUUGUUUAUCACCUAGCUAUUGGUUAUAACUACGGGUAGAAGUUCUAUAAAUUAAUAAUAGAUAAAUUAAUAAAUACCAUAAAUUAAUAUUUUUUCUGAUUCGAAGUUGUGUCGAUUCAAAAUAUGACACAAAUCGAUAAGAUAAUAAGAUAAUAUUUUUUUUAGAAAAUCUUAUGUAAAUAGAUGAUCUCAAUAAAAUUAUAAUUGAUAAUUUAUAUGUGUAUAAACGGACCAUUAUGUUUUUUAUUUUAUAUUCACAAUAGAAUUAUCUUUAUAUUUUCUUAACAUUUAAUACAUUUUGAUGAAAUUUAAUAAAAUUGUAUGUAAACUACAUUUAAACUAUCUUAAACAUAUUUUAUAUACACCAAACAAUAUAAUAAAAACAGUAUGAAUGUCAAAUUUCAAAAAUUAAAUUAAUUUAUAUAUUUAAAAACUAAAAAUCAAAAAAAAAAAUUGUAAAUUAAUAACUCUAUAAAUUAAUAAAAUAUUAUAGUCCCAACAUUAUUAAAUUUCAUAGUUUUUACUGUAUAUAUAAUAAUAACUUAUAAAAUCCACAACCAGGAGAUAUAAAUACUGUCAAAUGGACUAUGCAUACAAGUUUGGUCUUCGGUUGUUCCAAAAAUCAAAAGAAAUUGCCUUUUAUUUUCAAUUAGGGGGGUGUCCGCGCUUCACGCGGAAUAUUGUUUUUAUUAUUGUUAAGAACAUGAUUUUUUGGAUAACGUAAUUUUGUCGUUUUUAUUUGUUAAGAUCGUUAUUUAGUGUUUUUAGUGUGUUAUGUAGUAGUAGGUGAUAGGUUAAUAUAUUUUGUGUUUGUUUUUUUGAAUAAUGUGUUGCUAUGUAUAUAGUACUGUUAGUAGUGAAAUGAACCUCUAACAUAAAAUAAUAUUGAAUUUCAAUAACAUUGUUGAUUCUAAGAUUAACGGUUUCAGCGUCAAAAUUGUAUUAUAUUUUUUCAUAAUUUUAAAAAUUGUAACUUUUAAGAUGUUUUUUGUCUUCUCUCCAUAUUUUGACCUUGAGCCAUCACCGUCUAUGUGUUUCGUUACCUGUCUGGUGUGCGGUGCUUCUCACCAUCACCGGAAAAAGACUAACUUUUUUCUCUUGUUCUUCCUUGUCUUCUUCACCUGUGAGAUUAUAUGGUAUUUGUUGUAAAUCGGGUUUAUGAGCUUUCAGUUUUUCGGUUGAUUCUCACGGCAUUGUAGGUUGUUCCAGUCAAUAUUGACUGCUCCUCUUCUUCCUUAGAUUUCAGCUGAUGUUAGGAACUGCAUCUCUUUGGUUGGGUCAGAGUUUAGUCGUCUUUGAUGUUGUAUUCCUCAUCGUUGGCUUACCGUCAAUAGUCUCUCCUCGUCUUGGUUUUCAAGAUCUAGUUUUUGGUGUUCUGACCUCUAUACUCUCUUUCAUAGCUCGAGGACGGCUCCAUAGUUUGUUGAUAUCAUUUCGUCUCCCUUUCCCUCUCUAUCCUCGCAUCUCUUUACAACUUUCAUCGCAUCUCUGGUGGCUCUCUCUUUCACCAUGUUUGCCACUCGAGGUUUGGAUAAUGUUUUCGUUCGUGUAUGCUAUGUGGGCUUGGAAGGUUAUUUCUGGUCUCAAGUUUAGUCUCUGAUUUCUCGGUGGUUGUCUUCCAUUUUCCCUCUUUCAAGUUGUUUCUCUUAUUUCCAUUUUUCCCUUGGUAUAGGUGUGCGGAGUUAGUCUCUUGGAGCUUUGGUCCCUUCUAUCCAGAGCUUUGUGGUUUUUCACUUGCAUGGCCGUCUUGUAUAUUCUUGUUUAGUUUGUGAGGUGUUUCUUACCUUUUAGCUACUGAUUGUGAUUCUGGUGCUUUAAGCAUAUAUAUUCCUGCUUCUUGGUGACUUUGGCCUUUCGAUUAUUAUUCUCCCUCUGGCCCACUUUCUUGGUUAUUUGCGUUUAUGCUCUAGUUUUUUAUUCUUAGUUUGAUUAUCUUAUGAUACUAAUAGUGAAAUAAAUAUAUAAUUUGUAAAUAAAAUAAUAAAAAUUAGUAAAAAUAAUAAAAUGGUGAAAGUUAUGCUAUUUUUAGUUGUGAAUAAAUUAAAUAUUUAAAAUAUAUUUAUAUUAUUUUAUUUAUUUCUUGAAUUUUAGGGACCAAUAAGCGUGAAAAGGAUAAGAUAGUACACAAUUAGAAAUUGAUGAAACAAAUUACAAUAGUCUAAAAGAAAAAGAAUUUAAAAUACAAAAAAAAACAUGAGGACACAUGUCAACAAACCCUCUUUCAACAUGUUAUAAGAAGGGGAAAAGCCAACUUUAUAUCUAUAGGCAGUGUGUUUUGUGGUAAUGUCGCCAAAAACUGUUUCAGAUACAUGCAGAUCAAUUCUACCUUGUAAUUUUGUGUAUCUCUGAUCGCCAUCUGAAGAAAACUUUCAUAACAAAUUCUAUUAUUUACUGAUUUUGCUCUUUUUUUUCCUUGUCAACACCAAACAACCAUCUAGUUUCUUACCACAUGUAAGAGUAACCAAGUAAGAGCACCCUUCUCAGUGGGUUUCUUAUUUUUAGUUUUUUAACCACCUUUUAUUAAUAUUUCAGUAUGAUGUAAGUAAAUCAUUUAGUUUUAGUUUUGUUAAUCAAAGAAAACCUGAUACUAAACUUUAGAUAGAUUCACGUGAUGGGGCAACUCAGAGCAUCUCCAACGGGGAGAUGUCUCCAAGUAUCUAAAAAAUUAAAAUAUUAAAAACCUAAACAGUAGGAGAGAAGUCAAGUUACGGUCCUCAAAUAAGACGUGAUUGAUAAAUGACGUGAUUAGAUUUGUUUAAAUUCGGUUUGAUUCAGUUUUAUUUGUGGUCCAAAUUAAGUUAUGCUUUGGUUUACACAAUUAAAUUAUAGUUUGGUUUAAAUUCACGGUUUUGGCUUACACAUUUAAAUUAUGGUUUGGUUUAAAUUAAAUCCGGUUUACAUGGUUUGUCACGAUUUUGCUGAACCAGUUCAUUUUGGUUUGCUUUGGUUAAAACUAUAUAAGUCUGUCUUCAAAAAGAAAAGAAAAUUGGUGAAGAAAAGUAAAUAAUCUGUUGAAGUUUGUUAAUUAAAUCUAUUGAAAAGAAACAAAUCGGCUGAAAAAUAUAUAAGUCUAUCAAGAUUAAAUAAUUUGUGGGCAAAUGAAAACAAAUAUAUGUCUCGUGGUUACAAAAAAAAAUAUGUGUCUAAAGAACAAAUAAAUCUACCAAACCUUAUUUCAAUCUGCCAAAUUUAGAUUAAUCUGCAGCUACAAAAAAUAAAUUUGUUGACUAUUUAAUAAAUAUGCCAAAAUUAAAAAAAAAAAAAUCUGUUGUAAAAAAACUGUCAAAUGUGAAAAUCAAAUUAAGUCUAUCUUUCAAUAAAUUUAUGGCAUAUAGAAAUAAAUAUAUGGAUGAUAAAUUUCCUUUAUGUAAAAAAUCUGUUAAAUGAUAGAAUCGUAAUUAUUUAUUUAUUUAUUUUAAUUAAAAAUUACAAUUAUGGUAGUUUUGUAACGUGUCUUCUUUUGCUUUUUUCCUUUCUUCUUCGGGUUAAAGGCAGUUUCUUUAUUCUUCCUAAAAUGGGCCUUCAUUUGCAUAACCCAAGUAAAGGUAGCGAGGAAAGUAAUCUCCACUCCCUCAAUACGCCGUCGAAUCGAGACUCGCUGCAGCAUACGGAGUGUUUCGAUAACUUGGCCUCUACAAUACAAAGAGGACAGAACAUCAAGGGCAGGUAAGAAAUCCGUGAGGAGUGUCCUGAGAUU